CUAGCUGCAUAUUUGGUUAUCAUUAAUCAAAGAAUGUCUUAAUCUUAAUAACUUUAUUUACAGCGGAUCAUUGAAUGAAAUUAUGUUCAUGAAAACUACGCAUCGAUCGUGGUAGUUGCGAGUGUUUCGACUUUGUCCUUUCCUAGUCCUUAGCCAUCUUGUUAUGUCACUGUGAAACCUCUCAACACAACUUUUAUACCAGUGUUUAUUUACCAAUGACUAAAAAUUAGCAACAGUGCGAUUUUAUGACAAAUUUAUUACUUAUGGCUUCUUAUAUUAUAUUAUAAAUAGUGGCGUGUGUUUCAUCAUUUACCGAACAAUAAAUAACUUAAUUUCUACUAGCUAUGGACAAAGAAGAACAAAUUCGACUAUAUAAUUUAACCGAUUAUUAUGUCGGUCUUGGGCUUGCCUUGUUUUCGAGCGGAUUCAUUGGUGCAAGUUUUAUUAUUAAGAAGAAAGCUCUUGUUCAAAUAUCUUUAGGAAAUGGACGCAGAGCAGCUCAUGGUGGCUAUGGAUAUUUAAAAAAUUGGCUGUGGUGGUUUGGAUUAUCGCUAAUGGCUUUUGGAGAAAUCUUCAAUUUUGCUGCUUAUGCGUUUGCUCCUGCUUCAAUGGUUACACCACUAGGUGCAAUCAGUGUAAUUGUUGCAGCAAUAUUAUCUUCUAAAUAUUUAAAUGAACAGCUGAAUUUAUUAGCUAAGAUUGGUUGUUUUAUGUGUAUUAUUGGUUCAACUGUGAUAGUUAUCCAUUCCCCAAAGGAAGAAGAAGUUGACAAUCUUGAAGAUCUAUUACAAAAACUUACAGAACCUAGUUUCAUUGUCUACACUAGUAUAAUGUUACUUAUAAUUGCAUCAAUAUUUUUCUACUUUGGUCCACUUUAUGGUUCAUCAAAUGUUAUAGUUUAUGUCAUUAUGUGUUCUACCAGUGGUUCAUUAACUGUUAUGUGGUGUAAAGGACUUGGACUUGCAAUUCGAGAAACAAUAUCAGGUCAAAGUGAAUUCACAAAUUGGUUAACUUACAUGUUUAUUGUUUUAUUGAUAACAUUUGUAAGCAUACAAAUGAAUUAUUUGAACAAAGCCUUGGAUACAUUUAACACUAUUGUAGUUACACCGGUUUAUUACGUCACAUUCACUACUCUUGUAAUAACUGCUUCAGCAAUACUGUUCAAAGAAUGGGAACAUCUUCAAAUAAAUGAUAUCAUUGGUAUUAUAUGUGGAUUCCUUAUAACUGUAACAGCCAUAUUCAUGUUAAAUACAUUCCGUGAUGUGGACAUGUCUCGUAGUAAUUUUGCAUGGCGAACUCGUCAACCAAUAUUGAGAAAGACUACAAUUGAAGAAAUUGCUCAAACUUCUUCCCUCAUUAAAAAUAAUGCACAAUAUGGUUCUCGAGAUGUUUGACGUUCAGAUUUUAACAAAAUUGAAUUCAAGAUUAAAAGGAAAAAUGAAUGGAUUUUAAAUUCUUUACAACUCGAGUUAAAA